AUGGCUAGCAAACGCACUAUGCCAACUGGCAGGGAGUCUCCCUCGGCCCCCCACUUUUCUCCUACACCCCUCAGUGUCACUUGUUACUUUGCAGCCCUGGAAAAACUAUUCGGCCUGUUUGAACCAGCUGUCACUGCUGGAGCUGACAAGAUCGACUGGGCCCGCUUUUACACUGAUGACAACACAUACAAAUUAUGGGUUCAGAUCCACGACGGCAUGGAAACUGCGAAAAAGGACUCGUACGAAGAUUCCAAGGCCGAAAUACUGAAGUACUACCCUGGCGCAGCAAAUAAUGAACACUGGUACACAACUCGGGACCUCGAUGACCUCGUUCACAAGUGGCAACACACCCUACCCGAUAUUUUGCAGCAGACGUCUGCCGAAAUCUUGCAGACCGUAAAAGAUGUCUUGUCGCAUACGGCAGAACCCAACCCCAAAUAA